GACUCUCUCCCUUGUCCGAGAAACAACGAUAGCCAAGAAGCAGCCAUUCCAAGUUAACAGUACGAUAAAAACAAACCGAAAAUUGAACUGAACUGCUAAAAACUAAUGAUCGAGUCGGUUAGUUUUACCAUAUUAGAUUAAUCGCCUGAUUUUAUUAUGUUAUAAGUUAUUGAUUUACAAUUUUUAUUUCUAGGGAAAGGCCCACCAUUUUUAUCAGAUCACUUACUUAGUUACUUAGAAUCUUAGAAGUUUUGUUAGAGAUUUAAGAGAUCAUUGUGUUUUAUAAUUUAACUCUCCUCUCUAACCAGUCUCUACUACUCUACUGACUUUUUUAGGUAUUUACAGUCAACACACUAACACCAGACUCAGACACUAGUUAAGACUGCCCUUAGUUUUCACUGGUGGACCUGGUAAACACUAAAACACUGAAUAUCAAUAAUUAUACUGUCACAUGACAUCACUGUACUGUAUGAUGAUACUGAACUGAAUGUUAUGAAUUGUUAUGUCAUGCUAAUAUUUUGUCUAUUUGAUCAUAGUGCUACACUUACACAGUAGGUGACACUUUGUCUCAUUCUCAUACUUAUUGACUAGCCUUUGUCUUGUACUUACAAUAAAGUAAAGGAGAUUCAGAAUUCAGGAGCUAAGUUAGGUACUUUGAUAAAAAAAAAUAAAAAUGAUAAAAAAAAUUAUAAAAAUACAACAGGAGUUGUAUAGAGGAAACUUCAAAUAAAAAAUUUAACCAGAAUCAACUUUCUAGCUUUAGUUCUUUUUGAGGUAUGAAUUUUGGGUAAUCUACCACUUGAGCGUCGGGCAAGAAAAAAUCAAGCUGUUCCGGUUUAAAGGGCUAUUUAAACAACUAUUCUUUUAUUAUUUUUAAUGACAUUGGUUGUAUGUAUUCAUUCCCAUAAUAAUAGACAAUUUUUUUUAAAAUAGAAAAACUGUAACAAUUUUUUUGAAAUAGAAGAUCAUGUGUGAAAAUGGAAUUAUGCAUAGUUCUCCCUCAUAGUUGACAAUGAAGUUUUAAAAAAUAUAAUUUCCACGAAAACGGUUGUGGUACAUGAAUCCACGUAAAUAUGAAGGGGAAAGAUCACCAGCGCUUCUUGUGCCCUAACUGUUUUUUAGUUUACGCUUUCUGAGCAUUUACGUUUUCCACAUUCUGUGUGUGGACAUCCGCGUUAUCUGGAUCAAAAAAAAUUAUUGUAGUCUCUUUUUCUUCCUGGCAUAUAGGUAGCUUGGCAGUAAUAAUUAUUUAAAUGUGUUAGUAUUGUGCUAUAUAACAUUAUAGCCUCGAUACGGAAGCAUAAAUAUUAGCAGACUCCAAUGUAAGAAUAGUUGUUUAAAUAGCCCUUCCAACCGGUACAACUGGAUUUUUUCUUGGCCGACGCUCAAGUGGUAGAUUACCGAAUUUUGUUUAAACUGCUAGUUCAUUUGAUAUUUUUUACAAUGGACUGGCCCAAUAUUUUGGCUCAAUUCUGCUGAUCGCCGUCAUGUGCUAUACCUCGUAGUUUAAAUGAUAAUUUUAUAAAACUCAUAUUUUCAGGAUUAAUGCUAUAUAUAUAUAUAGACUAUGUAAGGCGGCGUGUCCCACUAAAAAUAAUACUGUUUAGAGACUACUUAUUUUGAACGGACUACUUUUGUACGUGGCUAAUUGAUUAUAGCUUCCCCUGACCAAUGAGUUAAUAGUGUUUGCACACAGCAAUCUCUUAUUUAUGAAGGAAAAUAUGAAAAUAAUACUAAAUAUUACAUCCAAUUGACUGAAUUGUUUCCCAGGACAAUGUUUUGCACAUGGCAAUUUAUGAUAAUUUAUAACAUGGAUUCUACUGGGUUUUAAACCUCAAAUUAAAAUAUUCUUGGAUAAAUGCCUUCUUAGUUCACUUUAUAACACAAGUUAUCCAAUAUUUUGAUGCAAUUAAGGGUAAUAAUUUAAUAUUUCAUAAGUAUUAGUAUCUUCUGCCAUUAAAAUGGAAACUGGGCAGAGUGACCUUAUGCUAAUGCAGGUUACUUAGAUGAGCACAACUAAUGGCCAACAUGUCCUAGCUUAUUAAGAAUUGGCACACAUAUACAUUAAUAUAUAAUGGAGAAGAAGAUUUAAAAUGAAAGACAUAUAAUUUGAAAUUCUUAAAAAAUUUUGUAUGGACAAAUGCCUUAUAUAUGUUCCUAGGCCUAGGAAUUUCUAACAUUGGGUUCCAUUGAAAAGGCAAAAAAUUGUGAUGGAAAUAUUGGUCAAGAUGUCCACCACUGGAAAUGUGUAGAUGAAUGCCAGGAUUUUAUGGCAAAAUAGUCCUUUCAUCAAUGAAAUAUCACCAAUGCCCAAAAAGAAAAAAUCAGAUUCAUCUGAAAUGAUUCGAAUUUCCCAUUAAAAUUGUGAAGUAGUCUCCCUUGCUUUACAGGAACUUCCUACUAAGUUACUUAUUAAACUUUAAACUAUGUCUAAGAUUAGUAUAAUUGUAGGUAUUCCCAGGAGAUCAAACCAAAAGGCAAAUCAACUCUUAUGGAUGCCUUUUUAGGCAAGCCUAACUUAUAUUGCCCUACUUUGCCUAUUCAUAAACUUUCAGAUUGACUAGGCUUAACUGCUAAUUUCUAAGGUCACUUUUUUUUAAGUCACUACAAUAUUAUACACGGUUUGACUAAUUGCUACAGCAUGUUAGUAAUCAAUCCAUAAUAAUAUAUUUUAGGAUAUUGAAAUAAUAAAGUGGUAGGCCUAUGCCUUCAUUCCAGGGGUGGGAAGGGGGGUGGGGAGAGCAUUUUCAACUUCCUAUAUUGUUGAUGAUUUUUUUUAAAAUUGAAGAAUUUCUGACCCAUGCCAAUAAUUUACGAAUUACCAAAUGCUUUAUUUGAGUUUACUAGACAGAGUUAUCUAUUUUAUUAUGAUAAAAUCUGAUGAUUCUCGGGAUUGUCAAGUUCUUUUUACAUUUGAAUCACUGUAGCAUAUUUAUUAAUAAUGUGUCUAAUACUAAUAGUCAUGAUUUAUGAAAUAACAAUAAAUAGGCCUAGGCCUAUAUCAGUAUAUGACUUUCAAAGACAUAAUUUAUUAAGUAAUAUUUUUUUUUACUAACUUACUAGUUUAGACUUAAGAAAUUUUUAGGAAUAUAAAAUCACUUUGCUAACUAAAUAUUGUCCAUCGUAUUUAAAUAAAAAAGAAUUAAAAUUUAAAUAUGAUUUUUUAAUGACGAUGUAUAAAUUGCUGAGUGAGGUUUGCACAUAGUAUAGUCACUUAUAUUAUUGCUUUGGGUCUUUUAUUCAAAUUACCGUAUUUUACAGACUAUAAGACGCACCUUAAUUUUUUAGGCAAAUAUUUUAAAAAAUAACAUUUUUACCAUUUUUAUAUUAAUAUUGAGUAUAAGACGCACCUGAAUUUUGGAGCCAAUUUUUCUAAGAAAAAAGUGUGUCUUAUGGUCCGUAAAAACAGUAUUUAAAACUCCUAAAAAAUAGGAAAAGAGAACAUACGUGGAGGAGGGGGGAUAGGGCUGAGCUAUUUGCUAUCAAAGGCCCGGCUAACACAUUGGCUGUGCCAUAGUUAUCAUAUUAACAUAGGAAUCGCCCACCUCCCUGACCCUCCCAAGCUUGAGUUUUUACUAAACGGAAAGGUAGUUAUGCAUUUAAAUAUAUUAUAUUCCAAACAAAACAAUUUUUUAUGCAGAGUUUUGAAAGAUCUUUAAAAUAGUUUUCAUAUACAAAGCCUACAAAAUAUGGUCAGAGCUUUUCAUAUUUAAAUAAUUGAAUUUUAAUACUUUUUCUAAUAGUCAUGCAUAGCUGUCAAAAUUAUUUAUAGUACUCUUUAUUUCAUUACAGAGAUCCAGCGUGGUAGCUGCGUCUCCCUUAGAUGAUGACAAAAUUUUAUGUAUCAUCCGAGAUCUUGUGGACAGCCAUGGGGGUACUGCAGGCAAACAGUCACUCAAUUUGCAGGCCUCCUUACCUGCCUCUCAAGCUGCCAAUGCAAUAGCUCAAGCAUGUGGAUACAAAGAAAAUACUGUGUCUAUUCACUAUGAGCCCCAGCUUGGGGGUGAAGAUGUAAGCUGAUAGUUCACCAAAUCCUUUUGGUAUAUAAGGGCACAAUAAUUAAAAUAAAUAGUAAACUUAUGAGAUUGUUGGCUUUUUAAUAGAAUUAUAGAUUAGUAUUCAAGUCUUAUUGGACUUAAGAAGUCUUUAGUCUUUGAUAAUUUGAAGUUUAAACCUUUAAACCCGGGGUCCCUGCUUUAUCAGUCUGAGCAUUAACUAUUCACAUACCCUACCCUAGAUUGACAGUUCAUUUAUUAAAAUCUGUUGUAAAUACUGAGUUCAGGGUUUACAAGGUGACUUGUGAAAGGUCACAGUAAUGGCAGCGCCCAUGGAUACAUUGAGUUUGUUAUGAUUUAGUAAUGUUUUGCAAUGUAUAGAGGGGCGAACAUUAAAAAUUUGCAAUUCUAAAGGAUUUAAAACAGCAGGUUGGUGAUAACGCAAAUGAUUCAAAGGAUUAUUAUCCUGUUUUGAAAAAUGAUUAUAAUAAAGCAAAAAGACAAUGAUUGUGAUGAUCGUUUAAUUUCAACUACUAGUGCUACUGAUGUGUGCUUUGAGAAUAAAAAAAACAACACAAGGUCUACCCCUAGUACUAGCAUUGUUUGUUAUGAAAAUCCAGGGUAAUAUAAAUGACCUUCUAUGCUAUUCUACACCGAUUCUAAGACAACUUAUACAUUUUAUAAUAGUUAUCAACUACUAACAGUAAUUUAGAUUGAAAUUAAUUUGUGCCUUUGUUUGAUUAUGUGUCAAUUGGUUGAAAUUUUCCACAGGAGCCCAGGGGCAUGGGUAUUUUAGAAUCAGGAGCUUCUCUGGCAUGGAUAUUUUAGAAUCAGGAGCCUCUCUGGCAUGGGUAUUUUAGGAUCAGAAGCCCAGGGGCAAGGGUAUUUUAGGAUCUGGGGCCAAGGAUUCAAAGGGUUAAUGUACUAUUAAUUUGAAGCGUCUGGAAUACAUUAAAAAAAUUUUUUAAAAUUUACUCUUCAAAAUUGACUUGUCAUGAAUAUUCAAAUGUACAAAGUAUAAAUGUAUUAUGAAGUGAUCUUAAGAGUGAUAUUAAUAAUAUUGGAUUUAAGAACUGGUACUAAACAUUGUAAACUUUAUUUUUCUUAGAUUUUGCUGGAAGUUCAGGAAGCAGAUAUUUUGCUUGGCACUGUAUGCAGCUCUGGAGCUAAGAGACACAAUUUCACCAUCCAUGAGUUUGAAGGCACAAUGCCCCAAAAGCUAGUAAGCUGUUAAAGAUUCUAGUGGUUUUUUUCUUCAUCAUUUUCUUUUUAGGUAUUGGGUGUUGAAAGAAGUGGGACACAUAACAUUAAAGAGUGUUAGGUUUUUAAUAUGUGACCUAGCUAGAAAUUUCUAUCAUUAAAAUUUAGCACAUCCAACUGCAAAUGAUCCAGAAAUAAGCCUUAUUUGGUUCAACGAGGCCAUUAUAACUCAUCUAUUGGCGAUAAUCACCUUUGCACAAAAAUGAAAUUUAACAAUACAAGCUGUAUUUACUGCUGAUUUUAUUUCUGUUUGUAAGUUUGUUGGCUGUGAUCACAAAGGGAAAAGGUUCAAAGAGAAAUAAUUGUGACUAAGGAUGUGUGGAGCUAUCUAAUAAAAGUAUGCAAGUGUCAGUAUACAAUCACAGACUGGCAUAAGAUUGUAGGAGUUAAAAUAUUUUUUGUUAUUAAAUGAAGAAUUUGAAUUAAUUUUAGAAAUGUGUUUAGGAGACAGGAGUUAUAUUUGUUAAUCAUAAAUAAAGUGAAAUUAAAAUAAAAAUCGAUAUAAUUUUGCUAAUAAUGAGAGAUUAAAUUUCAGUUUUUUUUUAAAUGGAGAAAACAAAUAAUGUGUGAAAGGGGAAGUAUAGAAUAACAACAUAAAAUUUAAAAUUAAGCCAUUCAUCCAAGAACUACCAUGCUUUUACACAUUCAUCAUUAUACUGCAUUAAAAAUAACUUUCUCUUAUAAUGUCUCUAAUACACUGCUUCUUUUAUCACUUUUAAUUUUUUAUAACCUGACAAUAUCAGUUUUACAAAUGGCAUUUUAAUUAUUGAAAACAAUAAAUAAUGCUAAUUUUAGAUUGGAGGAAAAAGUAAGGAUCAGGAUUAUUAUGAAUGUGUAUGCUUUAUAUAGACACAUCCACCGCUGUUCAUAUUAAGAAGCAAGCUUUAAUAACUUGAAAUACUCCCAACUUAAUGUUUUAGGAUGAUGCAUCAGUACUGGCAAGUGAAACAAAAAGUUCAGGGAAUCUUGCUUCCAAACCUUCUGAGGAUUUUUCUUAUUCAUAUUCUGCUUCUGCUAAGUCAGAUACAGGUAGGAGCAAUAAUAUUUCUUGGGAAAAUAAAAAUAGAACUGUUUAUAAAAUAUUACCUCAAAAGUAUAAAAAUUUAAACUGCUACACUAUUAGUAAUGCAACCAAUAUUAGUAAAAUAAAUUAUUUUUUUAAAAAUUGAUCAUCAAUAGGUUACAUAGGACUGGUCAAUCAGGCUAUGACAUGUUAUCUGAACAGCCUGUUACAGACAUUGUACAUGACUCCAGAGUUCAGGAAUGCUCUCUAUAGGUAUGCUUAUGACUUAAACCACACUCUGUGUCUUUAUGAAAUAGUAUUCCAUAGCUUGUUAAAGUCAAGGUGCCCUGUAGUAAAGUGCUAAUUUCUUAAAGACAACAUUAUUUUUAAGGAUGCCUUUAGAAAGCCUAAUUAAAAUGACAGCAAGUGUCAAUUUGAAAUUAAUUAAUCUCAGAAUGCAAUACAUAAUUUUGUAGUGAAAAUUCAGGGUGCAAAAUUGUUGGUUUUUUUCAAUGAUUCCAUUUAUGGCAACCAUAUGCAGCAGUUUAAGUGUCCAGAUUUCUGGAUGAAAGUAAUAUUACAAGCUGAAAAUUGUUAUUAGGCAUUUUAGUUGUUAAAAAGUUUAAAUAUUUUAUCUUUUUUCAUAUUUUAUCUAUUUUUUAAAGAUGGUCUUUUGAUGGUUCAGAAGAUGAAAAGAUAAAAAGUAUCCCGUACCAGCUGCAGAAGCUAUUUUUACAGCUGCAGGUGAGGAAAUAUCUUGUAUAUGUUUGGAUAAAAUGCUAUUUUAUAUUUUAAGAGAAAUUAAAGGCUCAUUAGAAAAAAUAUUAAUCAUAAUCUAAGACUAUUUUCAAAUAAUUUCUUGCAUCUUCAGACAAGUAAGAAAAGAGCUGUUGAAACAACGGAUUUGACUCGAAGCUUUGGUUGGGACAGUAGUGAAGGUCAGUUAAAUUUUUUUAUUGAUCAAACAUCAGUAACAAAGAUGGAUACUAGUUAUAAAUGUGUGGCAUUAUUUCAAUGAAUACACACAUAAACAUUUUUGUUUAGGAUACAUUCAGAGCACCAUUAAUACAGGUAUUAUUGCCAUGUCUCUUUAUGUUUUGUAAAGGCCAGUAAUGGUGUGUUAGAAUGUAAACAUUGCUGGUAAAAGCUUUAGUUCCAUCUAGUGUUAAUUUUUCUAUUUACUAAACACCCUAGCCCCAUGAUGCUCUAUUUCUCCUGUUGUUUUAUUUCAGUUUGGCAACAACAUGAUGUGCAGGAAUUGUGUAGAGUUAUGUUUGAUGCAUUGGAACAGAAGUGGAAAAACACAAUCCAGGCCAACCUAAUCAAUCAGCUUUAUCAGGGGAAGAUGAAAGACUAUGUUAAGUGUCUUGAGGUAAUUUUUUAAAUGAUCAUGAUCGUUGUGCUGAAAAGAAUUCUUGUAAUUAAUUUUUUUUUAACGUUUGAAUGGAGUGAGUUUAAAGUACAUAUAAUUUUAAACACAAGGCAUUUAUCAACUUAUAUUAAUUAUUGCAAUUAUUUUUACAUGUUUGAAUCCAAUCAUUUAAAUAUUGCGUAGUGACUUAUUUAUACAGAUGACUUAAAUUCCCAGGCUCCAUGUUGGUAUGCCCAUUAAGCUUAAAUUAUACUUUUUAUCUCCAGUGUGGCAAUGAAAGUGCUAGAGUUGAUGCUUAUUUAGACAUCCCUUUAGUGAUUCGACCGUUUGGUUCCACAGAUUCCUAUGGCAGUGUGGUGAGAAAGUCUAUUUAUUGUUAUAUUUAUAUUUCCUCAAAGUUAAUUGUUUGUACAAUGUCUAUUGAGUCCUCAAAACAAAAAUUGACAUUUGGAAUCUUUUGUUUUAAUGAAAAUGUUAAGAGUUAAUGUGUUCAGUUUUAUAGAAAAAUAUGUUGUUUGCAAUUUAACCUAUUUAUUAUUUCAGUUAAUAAAAAAGCUACAUAUUUUUUCUACUGGUAUUCUGGAUCAAUAGUUUCCCUUAAAUUUGAAUAUUUAUACAUAUUUUACCUCAAUUUCAAUUAUUGGAAAGCCUUCUUACAUUUAAAAAAAAUGAACAUUUUAAUUAUCGUCUACAUAAAUCAAUGAUUGUGGUUAAAUAAUUGUUGGUAUGGUAUUUAGGGGUGUGCCGGAUCCGUUUUUUCCAACCGGAUCCGGAUCCGGAUUUUCUUAUGCGAAAUCCGCCGGAUCCGGAUUCGGAUCCGGAUUCCGGAAUAAUCCGGAUUCCGGUUUAUCCCGGAUUCCGGAUUUUGGUACUAUUGGUAGAUACUUCGGUAAGUCAAGGUGGACUACUACUUUUUGUGUAUGGGAAUUCGCAAUCGGCGCCAAAAAAUCCGAGUUUUUAAUUUUCCGAUGUGUGUCUAUUUAUUAUUAAAUUAGUACUUUCGAUAUAUAUUUGAGUUCCGUUCCAUUUGGAUAUGUGUCUUACGAGAGACGCCAUGUUUCUACGCGUUCGCAGCAGGUCAUGCAGCUCGCUCAACCUAAUUUCGCCAUGGGGUUGGCCACGCCCCCCUUUUUAAUGGCGGAAGUUGACGAUACUUAGGAAAUAUUAAUAUAUUAUCACUAUUUACAUCAAAAUAAUUGAUAACUUGUGUUUCAGAAUGCAUUUAAAGACAUUUAAACUGGAAUGUUUUAAUUUGAGCUUUAACAACCCGGUAGAAUCCAUAUUAUAAAUGAUCAGAAUUUACCGUGUGCAACACGUUGUCAUUGGCAACCAUUCACAGCCACUUGCAUAACUGUAUCGUAGUACUACCUCAGAGUUUCAUUCAUAAGAGUUUGCCGUGUGCAAAAACUAUUAAACCAUUGGUCAGGGAAAGCUUUAAUUAAUUAUUCAUGUGCCAAAGUUGAAAGUUUAAACUAAGUCUAAACAGUAUUUUAGUGAUAAGGCAGGGAAUGCGUUGCCUUAUAUAAACUAUAUAGUCAUUGCGCAUGACGGGAUUGGCGGAAUGAGAUCACAGAAUGUGGAGAUGCAGUCCAUGUUAAAAAAUGACAAACCAAGUCGUACUUUAAAAAUUCAUAACUUUAAAACUACAACAGCUAAAAAUAUGAUUUUGGUGUUAUAAUUCUUUAAAAAAUUACAUCUUUUCAACUAUGCCAUUGGUUUAUUUUUACAAAAAGUUUAAAUUUUCUUAUCAAAGUCCCUACACUAUUGGCCACUAUUAGCGGUGCUGACUCUAGCCUCUGGUAUGUACGGAAUAUUAAACAUUAAACAAGCUCAACGCUCGAAACAAUCGAUUAAUGUAUCGUGAUCGUGUGGAAUUCGGGAAAGAGAAUUACUUUUAUUUCAGAUUAUGAUCCGGUGAGUCACAAAAUCUGGCAAAUUCCGAAAUCCGGUAUAUUCCGGAAUCCGGUUGUUCCGGAUACAUGUAAAUCCGGCGGAACCGGAUUUCACAGGAUAGUGCAAAAUCCGGCGGAACCGGAUUCCGGACCGGACUCCGGCACACCCCUAAUGGUAUUGUCAUGUAGUUGCAUAUUUUGGUAAGUAUAGUACUCUAAAAUUGUGUGUUUUUAUUUUCAGACAGAGGCGAUGAAUGCAUUUGUUCAGCCAGAAAUACUUGAUGGUACCAACCAGUACUUUUGUGAGAAGUGUAACAAAAAAUGUAAUGCACAUAAGGUAUUGCCCAACGCUUUUUUUCUGUUUUUCUUGAUCUUCUAAACCAAAAUACCCUUUAAUCAAUUGUUGCCAUAAGUCUGUUUGAAUGCUGAUUAUUCUCACAAUUUCUUGAUAACCAUUUUAGAUUACUACUCAUGAAUGUAUUGUUGGUAAAUUAAUUUUCAUAAUCUUCUUAUCAUUCCAGGGUUUUAAGUUUGUCUCGUUUCCGUAUCUAUUGACCCUCCAGCUGAAACGGUUUGACUUUGACUAUGCCACAAUGCAUAGGAUCAAACUCAAUGACAAGUAGGUAUACAUAAUUUGAGCUUAAUAUAUUACAGCAGAUUAUUCUUGUCACUAUUUACAUAUCCCCUUAGCCUUACCAAAUGUUACCUAUUUGAUCAGUUAAGUACACCAUACCAUUAUAAUUUAGAUAACCUUGAUACCAAUAAGAUUAAAAUACUUGAUUUAAAAACUUCACAUCUGAGAACCUAUUUUUGUUAUAAAUACUUUGAUAUUUACUGGAAUGACAAAUCUUUUACUUCAAACCUUUAUUCUUAUUUGCAUUUAUUAAAACAUUUUUUUUUUUUUAAUUUUUUUCGGCUACUUUCAGAAUAACAUUUCCAGAUGUGCUACACUUGAACCAAUUUAUCACAAAUACAAAUCAUGGUGACAAAGAUUCAGAAGAAGAAGAAAUAGAUGAGAGUAAAACGGUUGUGUCUAAUGGGCAAGUGGAUUGUAGUGAUGAAGGUUAGACAAUAUUUUGACAAGAUGCAUGCCUUAUAGUGGUAUCUAAUCUUGCCUGUUUACUAGAGAGCAAGUUAAACAGAAGUGUAGCUGUCAUCAUUCUCAACUUUGAGGGCUCUAGCCACUGCAUCUCAUCCUUCUAUUUAGACUGAACUGGGUCUUUUCAUCUCCAUGCCCUUACCCCCCCCCCCCCCCCCCACACCCCACCCCAAACUGAAUUGAAUCUGUAUGCACACCUUCAAUCCAUCUUAGCCUUGAUCGACUGGUGAACCUCCUGUCCCAUGGUUCUGUCUGUAAAUCCUCUUGAGGUUUCUUGUCCAAUGCAGCUUAUCUAUAUUUAUUGCUCAGACUAUUGUUGGGUUUUUGUACAACUGGUAUAUUUCUUGAUAAGUCCGAAUUCUCCAUCCACCAUCUUAGCCUGUAUAUUUUCCAUAGGAUUUUCCUCUCCCACAUAUUUAGCAGGUUUCAACUUUCUUGUGUUCAUUACUACCGGUCUUAUGACAGUGAGUUAUAAAGUUUUUCUUGAGAUGUUUCUACUUCUUAUUAACUUUUUGUAGACUGAAAUAUGAGUGAUUGCCAGCUGUAAUCUUUUCCUUCACAUAUGUUAUUUCAUUGAGCUCUUUUAUUGUUGAUCCUGGGAAGUUGGUUGUAACCUCCCUCUCAAAGGUAGUGGUUUAUAGUACAAUGAUUUUAUGAAGCAAUUAUUACCACUUUUCUUACAAUUCCAACAAAAUAUAUAUUUGGAACAUGUUAAAGCCUGUAUGUUGACCUAGUUUUUAUUCAUCACAAGCUGUGGCAGUCAACUUUACAUCUCCUUUCCACUUUUUUUGUUUUGAUAUUGACAUAACCAAUUAAAUGGGAAGCGUCUAUCCUUUUUACCCACCCCUUCUUUGAUUGAGAAAAGGUUGUUUACAUUCAAUUUGUUCGAAAGAAUGCUAUUGGGUGACGUGAUUUCUAGAAUCUCUUUUCUAGAGGGUUCCAACUUUCUCCCUAUAAAUAAAUCAGCAUGGAAAAGGGGGGGGGGGGGGCAUUAUUAUUUUUCCUUGACAUUUACCAGAUGUAAUAUGCUUACAAGAUUGCACUCUUUAUAUUAUGUGUGUGUUUAUAUUUGUAUCUUUUGAGGAUUGUACUUUUUCACUUGCUGUGCUGAAAGUUAAUAUAAUUGUCAUAUCUAUUUGAUUUUGUAUAUUUUAAAAAUAAUUUUUAAUAGUGUAAUUAUUAUUCAAUUGAAUAUUGUAUCAAUAACUUAGGUAUCGUUUUUUUACUUUGUAUACUGUUUUUUUUUUUUUCAGUUCUUUGUUACGUAUGGUUCAUUUAAUGAGCAAAAUUUUAAAACAGAUUAAUUUUUCAAAACCAUUUAAUGUCAUGCAUUAGAGCCAUUUUUAACAUGUUUAUAACAUCAGCUAUUGUAUCGAAUGGAAUAUGACUGUCCAAAUCUACAUGUAGCUCAUUAAAGAGUUAUAAUGUUGAUUGAAAUAUAAUUAAACCCAGUGCAUUCUUCACCCCCCAGUGACACAACUGAUAGUACCAAUGCAACCCUCUCAUUAUACACUCUUCACCUAAGUUAAAUAUUUUAUUGUUGUGGAGUUUGAUGUUGCCUGAAAAAUGUUUUACAUUAUCCCUUGAUAUUUUAAGUUCUGUAUUUAAUUAUAAAAGUAAUUGAUAUUUUAAAUUAGUCCAAUCAGUUUAUUGUAAGAAUUUUUUAUUAACGGCGUCCAGGUAUUGAUGAAGGUAUAGAAGUUGAGAAUGGAUGUUCUGCAGCUUCCUCUGGUAGUGAUUCUUCAAGUAAUAGCAGCGAUGCUGCAGCAAACAACACUCGCAAUUCAUAUUACUCUGGAGGAAAGGUAGAUCCUUUGUCUUGUUAAAUGGCAUUGUCUCUCUAAAUAAAAUGAAACUUCCUGAGUCUUAAAUUAAAAUUUAUCUUAUAUUUUGGGGGGGAAAAAUUAUGUUCAUGAGUGAGUGAAUUUAUUUUCUGAAAGCAUUGAAUUAUAUAUUACUGGUUAUAAUGUGAAACAUUUAUGGUAAAAAGAUGCUACUUAAAGUCAGGGGUUUGCAUUUUAGGCACAUACAAACAAUUUUUCAUUAACCAAUAUAAUGAUAAUGCUUACGCAACCAAAUCUAUUUGACCCACUUGGAUUUAGCAGCUGAACAUGCAUUGUCUUUGUGCAUAAAGCCAAUAAUGUAAUUAGGGCUCCCUUGAUAGGAUACAAGGACAGUUUAACAUUAUGACCACAGUUCAUUUUAAAUAUUAUAAUAAUUGAAAAUGAUUUUGACAUAUUUAUUUUAAAAUAAACAUUUCUUUAGUUUAUGGGUAUUGUUUUAUUGAUAAUGAAAUGGAACAAAUAUACAAUCCGAUUGUAUGUGGACAAAACAUUUUAAGACUUUUUUUUUCAAAGAAAAAGUUAGGGUUUUGCAUUAACCGUGGUAAUAUAGGUUUUAUAAUAUAAAAUUUUGCAGAAAGUUAUUACAUAUCUAUUAUACAUGUUUUUAAUUUAAAGAAAUACCUCAUAUGAUAUAGAAUUGAUGACUUAAAGUAAAAAAAACAACAACAUCAAAUAGUAGCAAGUUCUUGUUAUGUAUGUCAGAAACAUCAAAACUUAAUCUUAUAUGAACUUAAAAAAUUGGUUUUAACUGAUCUAAAUCAUAUAAUUACUUUUGUUUUCAGGGUCCAUUUGUGUAUGAACUUUUCUCUAUCAUGAUCCACUCAGGUAGUGCUGCUGGAGGUCACUACUAUGCAUACAUUAAGUAAGUUCUUGGGUUGAUAACUUGCCAUAAACACUUUUGGAAAAUUAUAAGGAAAAACAAAAGUUCAGAAAACGCUAAAACUGGUCAAGAGUUCCAUUGAAGAAUAAUCAGUUCUGAUGUUGCAAAUGGAUUUGAUGAUUUAACCUGCUUUUAUAAAAUUAUUUUUCAUAAAAGUUGUGGCACACCCACCCCCACCCCAACUCAUAAACUCUUCAUGGCAAGUCUCUUCUGGCACAGAGCUCUGAUCUCUAGGCCAAGAUAACAGUUGUUUUAUUUCACAUUCUGGUUUUUUCAGCAGUUAUGUAAUUGUAACUUUUUUCAGUAAUGCUUCAGCAGUAAGAGAAUAGUAUAGGUUCUUGUGCCAAGUUGAUGAAAAUUUUUAAUUUUUUACCUCAGAAUUAUAUUUGUGUGACUUCUAGAAAAUAAUAUUCACUAGAUUGCACCUUCUAAAGAGGAACAUCCAGAUUGUGUUGAUAUUGGGAGAGGCAAACUUAAAUAUGAUUUUUAAUUUUAUUCUCAGGUCUUUCAAAGAUGGCCAAUGGUACAGUUUCAAUGAUCAGCAAGUAACUAAGGUAGUUAAAAUACUUCAUGUUCUAUUAAACAUAUUUUGUGAUUAGAAUGGCUUUUAGCAAUAUUGGAGCAUGUACUUUUUGUGUCUCAGACUUUGUUAAAUAAAGCCAGGCAGCUAGUUUAUCUAAUUUGUCCAACACUCUGUACUAUUUAUAAAUGUUAUGCAGAUUACUUAUGAUGAUAUCAGAAAAACCUAUGGUGGCUCAUCCAUGGCAAGGGGAUUUUACUCUUCAGCUUAUACCAGGUGAGUGAUGCAUACUUAAAAAAUACUAUUCUAACAUGAAUCAUAAUCAAUUAAUAAUUUACAUAACAAGAACAAUUGUCCUGCAAUGUUCUUUUUAAAAAAAAAAUAUUCGUUCUUAACCCAUUUAAUACGUUUCGCCGCAGUGUGCAUCACCGCGAUUUCAGCAGAGUACGUUUAGCCACUCUCUGCGUCACCACUGGUUUGUUUCAUUUUAUUAGUAUUCCAACUUUUCCAUUCAACUAUUUUAUUAUAUAGCUUAUCAAACUUUUAUUCAGAAGAGUUCCACUUCCUUUUUGUUGAAUUUCAAACCAAUUAACACACGUUUUGUGUAUUUUGUUCUCGUUUUUUUCACUUAAAAAUUUGUUAACAAAAAAACAGCUGAUUGGAAUGGCUGCAUCGAAUAACACUGCUAGUUCUAGUCGAUCAGGAUUUCGAUAUAUGACUGCCGAUGAGGCAAGUAAAUUGAUUUGCUUGGAUGAUUCAAGUUCAAAUGACGAUAAAUCUGACGACAGUGAUAGUUAUUACGAAAAUUUAUUAUUUGAGGAAACUAUAAUGAGGAAUAUAUUCCGACUACUAAGAGACAAAAAUUAUCCAUUGGAAAAGGGAAAGGAAAAAAAAUAUCAACACCAACUAGGCCUAGUUCAAGUUCUACUAAUUCUGUGGCUUCAAUUUCAAAGCAUAAUUCAUCUUCAUCUAAAACUAGUCAAUCUACUAGUUCAAAUUAUUUCCCUACAGAGACAGAGUGGUCCGAAGUCCUAACAGGACAAACUGAAAACAAUUUCCGAUUUCAUCCCCUUAGAAAUCCUGGAGUUUGUCCUAAACUUCAAAACAUUGUAAACCCUACACCUAUUAACUUUUUCAAUGAACUAUUUGAUGAUAAUGUUAAAGAUUACAUUGUUGAAUCUAUAAAUACCUAUCUUAAAAAGAAAGUUCACAUGAACACACCUGCACUUAGACGCUCUGUCUUUAGUCGAUGGGUGGACAUAUCAAGGCAGGAGCUAGACAAAUUUAUUGCUGUUCUCAUCUACAUGGGGAUGUAUAAAAGGCCAGCUAUUUCUGAUUAUUGGUCUAUGUCUGCUGAAUCCUAUAUUCCAUGGAUACACCAUGUAUUCAACAGACAGAGAUUUCAGGACAUCUAUCACUCCAUGCUACACUGUGGCGAUGAAAAUUCCGAAGGGAAAGAUAAAAUUGAACCAUUUAUGAACUUACUCUUGAAUAAGUUUAGAAAUGCAUUCUACCCUUUUCAGGAACUUAGCAUAGAUGAAGUGGUAAUAGGCUUCAAGGGCAGAUUGCAAUUCAAACAAUAUAAUGCCACAAAGCCUAGCAAAUAUCUUAUAAAGAAAUUUGGCCUGUGUGAUUCCUCAACGGGUUAUGUUGUUGAUAUUUUGACCUAUUUUGGGGCCAAUACCUCCUAUAACCCAGAAACAGAUAAAGAUGGAGGACAGGCUGUGCAAGUUUUUCAUUCUUUACUGCAGCAUGUGGGUACUGGACACAAAAUUUUUGCCGACAGAUAUUAUACAUCAAGAAAACUUGUUGACUACCUUCUUGCCAAAAACCAAUACUACACAGGAACACUGAAUAUCAACCGCAUUGGAUUUCUACUAGACAUAAAAUCUUUAUCUUUACAACAAAAAAAGAUGAAGUGGUAUAUAAACCAAAACAAGAGCAAGCUCUGUGUUGCUUUCAGGGAUUAAAAGGCAAAAACAAAAUGUCAUAUUGGUGUCCACAGAUGCUAGGGUACAAGUUACAGAAACAAAAAAAAUGGAUAAACCGGAAAUGAUAGACAUUUAUAAUCACAAAAUGAACGGCUUCGAUAAGCUAGACCAAAAAGUAAAAUAUUACUGUGUUUAUGAGCGAAAAACAUUGAAAUGGUGGAAAAAAAAUUUUUUCUGGCUGUUGGAAAUCACCCAGGUGAACUCAUACAUUUUGUUUUUACUCUGCCAAUCAGCAGAUGUAAACAGAGUCAAAAUGAGUCUCAAACAGUAUAAACUUUUGUUGAUGCGUCAGCUAACUGAGGAAGUAGCAUUAAAUCAAGUAGUAAAAGCACCAGGAAAGGGUCCAGAGACCAGAUGCCUCAAAAAGUCUAAUGAUGCACAGCACAUUGUGGAUUACGAUGAACGGGACCAAUCUUUCGCAUAUUGCUCAACUGCAACAAAGCGAGUACGCACAUAUUUCUAUUGCACUGGUUGUGAAGCCAAACCCCAUCUCCAUCCUAAAGGAUGCUUCAAGGCCUUUCAUUUAAAAUAAUAGCUUCAUUUGUGUAUAUAUUUAGUAAAUAUGUGAAAUAUGUGUAAAUAUUUGAGCAUAACUAUUUUUAUUGUUGAAUUUUGGAGAAAAAAAAUUUAACACGUGUCUUGGGAAAGAAAUUCAUAACUUUACAAUUUCUGGAGCUACUGCAAUGAAACUUUCCAGUUGUUUUGAAUAUAUCAUAAGACUCAUUUAAAAAAAAUAUGAACUUGAUUGGAUUAUUGUUACCUGAUUUCUGAGCUGGUGAGUAAAGCAAAACAAAAAUUUUUUAAAUAAUUUUUUACAUAAAUCUGCAAUAAUACCCCAAAAAUUUUCAUUGGGUAAUUCUUUAUCACUUUUUUAUAUUAGAAACAUAUUCCUUUUUCAAUAACCAAAUUUGGAUAUGCAGCAUGAUAUAAUUUUUAUAAAUAGCAAAAUGGAGCUUUUCAGUUAAAAAUCAUCAGGUCAAAUAGAAUUUUAGUCCCAAAAUGUUACUGAGUUCCCUUAAAAAACUGUGACGUAUUGAAUGGGUUAAAAUAUAGACUAAGAUGAUAAAUUAUUUUUUUUUAUAUGCAAUAUUGCUAUUUUCCCCUCCCAGUUCAACGAGUGCAUACAUGUUAAUGUAUAGACAAAUUGACAAAAAGCAGAAUAAAGGUAAGUUGUGUUGUCUUACAUUCCUAUAGUGCUUUAAAAAUACUUUUAAAAUGGUUUUGAUAGAGUGUGUUGUAUUUAUUUGAAUAUGUGAGUUAAUUUUCAAGUUAAAUUUAAGUAUUAAUUAAAAAAUGUAACAAAUCUGCAGAAUUUUUACAGCAAAAAGUACACAAAAAAUUAUUUUUUUUAAAAUGUGAAUUGCUAUUUAAAUUAUGGCAGGUAAGGUAGGAAGUGCUUUGAAAGUUUUUGGGCACUCUGCUUUUGGAAAAAUACAAGAAUUAUUAUUAAUAUUAGGCAAUAUGCAUCUUGGGAGAAAUGGUGCAUUUAUAACCAUGAAAUUAAAUUAGGCAAUAUGCAUCUUGGAAGAAACGGUGCGUUUAUAACCCUGAAAUAAAAAAAAUAAUUUGAAAGGAAAGGUUACAAAAAGCACUCCUCAGACUUGUAAGCUAUCAAUACCUAUUGUAAAUAAUGUUUUUUAAAAAAAAGAUUUUAUGCAACCUGAUGAUUUCCCCGAGUCACUUAAGGCGGAACUGAGGCACAUGAAAGAGAAAGAAGAAGCAGAGAGGCGACAAAGAGAAAUUGACAAGUCGACAUGCAAGGUUAUUUCAUUUAGUAUCAUUUUUUUAUAUUUAUUAAUGUUAUCUUAUUGGGCUUAGAUUUGUUAUUAAGGUACAACUUAGAUAACAUGAAUUGUUGAAAAAAAGAAGACAGUGACAGCUAUAAGAUAUUGGAACCCUGGAAACUUAAUUAUAGAACCCAAGAAUAUUCUUAAAAAACCAACAAGAACUAAGCUGAAGAAGAAGCCUUAUUUGAUAAAUAUUUUUGCCAGGUUGAUUUGUUUCUUAAAUCUAAUUGCAACUGUUAUUUCUAUUUAGUCGUUAAAGUGACAAUCAAAUUAGAAAGAAUGGACAAAAUGUUACUUCAAAUGUUAAGGUGUUGACUCAGUGUAAUGCUCCUUUCUCUUUUUUUUCUAUUAGAUUAAAGUCUACUGCUUUCAUCCAUUGGAUCAGCACAAAAUUGAGGUCAGGCUAGAGAUCCACAAAGACAAAACUUUACAGGAUGCCACAGAAAUCUCAAGGGAGGUAAGCUAAGGCUGUGUCAUUUCAGAUUUGGGAGUUGUACUGUUUGAUGAACUUAGUAGCUUCUUUAAAUGAAGGGAAAAAAUUGUGAUUGAUUGAAUUUGGUGGUUUGAACAAUCUCAUUUCUUCCCCAGCUAUUUCACCUUCAAAAUUUGGUGCCCCUUGAUUGUUGUCGCCUUGUGAAAUAUGACGAGUAUCAAGACUCGUUAGAAAAAUCCUUUGAAGGUGAAGAGUUGAUGCCCAUAUCUACCUUACUUGGUGGAGUAAAAUCCAACUACACUUUUGAUUUGCUGCUUGAAACUAAGAAGCCAGACCAAGUUUUCAUCGAGUAUAAACCUGGAGGUAUAAAAAUCAAUUGCAUUAUAUCUACUUUUUUCUUAUACAUGAUACUUAAUGAAUUUAUAUUGUUUAGAAACAACUUCGCUUGUUUACAUAUCCGUAGCCUGCUGUUUCAGUGGAAUAUUUUUCUCCAUAUUUUAUGAGUGAAUCAUUGUGUCUUCUAUGUAAACAAGGUAAUAUCUUGUCUCCUAGUGUCACUGCUCUGUUUCAUCUAGUUAUCUGUUAGAGUAAAUAUUUGAGUAAAUGUUAUUUCCUGUGUGCCAGGUGUGACUGUGAAAGUGUUUUUGGUGGAUAUUUUCUCUGAAAUAAUCCACCCUCCAGUAAGUGUGAGGGCCUACCAUGUACAAACUGUGGGAGAAUUCAAGGAUUUGCUACAGAAGGUUAGUGCUUCCAUUUCUACAUAUCAUACAGGUUAAAUAAUAAAUUAUUAUUAGCUCUUGGUAUACAUUUAUUAAGUUGUUAUAUAAAGCUACUUUAUUCAAGCCUAAAUGCCCACCUUUAUUUUUUAAAGCAUAUUUACACAUUUAAAUGUUUAAACCCCAUUUCAGGUAUUUGACUUACCUGCUGCUAAUAUGCGAUGUGUUUUAGAGAGAUUUCACAACGACCUACGCCCUCUUGUUGAACCAGCAAAGACCCUAAAAGCUGAAGGCUUCUAUAAGUCUAAUAAGGUAAAAAAAAAAAAUGGAAGUUAAUGAAAAUGGGCUUUUAUAUUUCUAAAAAGCCAUCCCGUAUAUAUUUGCAUACUAAAGUCCAGAUGAUGUAACUCAAUGUUUUGUGUUAUGUGUUUGUAUUCAGGUGUUUGUAGAAUGUUCUGGUGAUGUGGCUGAUAACUCUGUACCAUAUCCUCAAUCUCGACUGUGCCAACUCUUGGACCAGCAUCAGAAUACUAUUCGUAUAACAUGUUCUCUGCCAAGUGUCAGUAAGUCAAAUGUCUAGCACUGCAUUCUUUAUUGUACUGUGUUAGAUUUAAGUUGCCUUUCUUUUUUAUUACUGCUGUGCUGAAAAUUAGGCUCUUUUGAAAACAAUUUCUAACUUAAUAAAAAUUGCAAAUCUAUUAUGAAUUUAUAAAACAUUUUUUCCAGUGAGCAUGCUUAUUUUAUGUACAAAGUAACAAUUGCCGGUUAUUGGAAGGUGAAAAAUAAACUCAAAAUCACAUUAACUUUAUAUUAACAGUCUUUUGUUUUUGAAGUGAUCACUUCAAGUUUUUAUGCCCUAAAAAAAAGGGAACACUGAAUACUAUUUAUACUAUUUAUAAUCAUUACAUUUAUUUGUUUUACCAGAAGCAGUUCAAGAAUAUUUAGCAACACUGAAGGACACCCAGACACUAUCUGUCAAAAGAGCUAGCAGUAAUCUUGUACAUUACAGCAAAGCAACAGUCCCAGUGACAACUGAGAGUUUUACCAGUGUUGGAGAGUUCUCCCAGCUGGAUGAAGGUGUCAGUGAACAUGACUCUGCAUUCUACAGUGGGGCAACCAACUCCAAACAUUCACUCUCAGGGGUAGAUCCUGGUUCCAACUUUUCCAUCAGCAGUUCAACAACAACAGACACCCGAUAUGGUGCUGGCACAGUCACCAAUCUCUCGCAAGCAGAUGACAUUGCGGUUGCUUCUUUUGAUGAUGAUAUAGAGAAUGGAACACCUAGAUUGAACAGCGACUGUGAAUCUAGCAGUGGUAUAGGGGAGGAGAGCAACAAGACAAAAGAGCCCGUUUCCAGCACUUCCCGUCCACACUCAUCCUCCCACGAACACCUAACAGUUGACAUGGCUAAUGUCUGCUCAAAGCUGUCCACAGCAUGCUUGACCAGCUCUCGCAGCGACCCGUCCAUCUACCACACUUGUGCUGACAACAGUGAUGACUCACUCCAGUGUCUAGGCUCUGGGCCUAGUACAGGAAGUCAGGAGGACACCAGCACCAGUGCAGAGUUUAACUUCAGCUGUUCUGGCCCUGACCCAGAGCCCAUCCUCUCCUCUCCAGAAGAUGGAUAUGGCUUUGAGGAUGAUAUAGAAGAUGAGAAGGAUGUUGACAUCUUAGGAGCUGGCCUCCCACCAGUAAACCCACGGAUCUGUGGGAGUGGACGUAGAAGUGGUAUUGUUAUCCAUGAUUUGGACUUGGGACCUAUGAAUGGUCAAUUUCAUUCAAACUAUAACACUCAGUUUCCUAUUGGUCACUUUGAACCAGAGGAAGACUGGGAUAGAGAGGCAUCCGCUGUGACACAUGCUCAGACACACAAAUCACUCCACUCAUCACCUUUCCUCCCUCAUUCCUCAUUGGGCUUCCCAUCUGCCCAAUCAGACACUAUUCAGCCUAAUUUAUUAGAUACUGCCCAGUCUGCAUUAUCGGACAAUCCCUCCCACCCACUGGAGGAUGAAAAUGAUAUUGACUUGAGUAGAACAGGCACUCAUCCCCCGCCGCCUCAUUUAUUCACUGACCGAAACCCAAGGGCCUCCACAGCCCAAUCUGGUAAGCAGAGCAGUAAUGAUGAACAGUGCGAGGAAGAUGAGGUGAAAAGAUAUUUCCAAGCUGUGAUGACUGAAUGUACAGAUAUUGAAGAAAGAGGUAAAUUAUUUUAUUAACUUUUACUGUCACAUGCUCAUUUGAGUCUUUGAAUUAUUAAAGUGAUCUGAUAUUUAAUAGCAUUAUUCAUUCUUCAGAAAAACUGAAAAUUGCAAAAACAAUUCUAAUAUUUACAUUUUAGAACUAUGUUUUGAAAAUAACUCCAAAAUUCACAAUUGCAAAAAUAAAAGCAAAUACUAAUUUUCUUGAGUACAGAAUUAGAUACAGUAACUCACAAGUUCACCUGUGACAUGUGCCACAUCUAACAAUUCUUACCAUAACUGAUCAAAUUUACAUUGUAAUUUUUACGUGCUUAAGAAAGAGCAAAUAUCUCAUAGUGGGACUCUCACUAACUAGCAUCCCUAACUAGAUCUGUUGUUGGGUUGUUUCUUUUUCCAGUUGGCCUACGUUACUUGGCAAUUUACUGUUUUAGGUUUGACAAAUAUUUUUUUUUAACCAAAUGUAUGCGUAUUAGAUUGAAUAAGCAAAGUUAGUUAUGUAACAUUCAUUGUGACCUGUAGAAGAAUAAAAUGUUUUAUAAAAACAUAAGUUUAUUGAUGUUUCUUGAUGCACAACGAAACAUAACCAUAAAUAUUUUAAAUUAAUUGAGGUGGUGACUUUUUGGUUGAUAAAGCAGUUUAACUCGUUAGCUCUUUUAUGUAAGGUUAAUAAGACAAAAUUUUUGUAAAUUAAAGAAUAUAAGUUAAGCUUUAAUUAUGAUUAGACGAAAAACAUUAAUAUAAUAAUAAAUUAAAUUUACAUAAUAUAUUAUGUAUAUCCUACCUAACCUAAAAAUGAAAGAAAAGAAUGAGUCCCUAACAAAAACAAAGAUCAGAAGAAUGGAAAGAAAUUGGUUUGAAGUACAUAAUAAAAACCAAAGAGGAAAUGCAGCUAUGUAAAAUUGAGAAUUUGGUUUAUGGAGCCAACAUACCAAAUCUUUUUAAUUUGUGUUCCAUAUAAAUUUUAUCAGGUAUAUUAUUCGCUUACAAUAUACCAGUAACGUCAACAUCUAAUAUUCCAUUAUGGUUUGUUAGCACUAUUGAAAUGUUUAGAAAAGUGACAAAAGGCUUGUUUAUUGAUGUUGUACAGGUGUUGUUUUUAAUGAUCUCCAAGGCAACAACCUGUCUCCCCUAUUUGUGAUUUUUCCACACUUUUUACAAAGCAUGGUGUAAAUCAUGUUGUGACUUGUGCAAGUCAAACCAUCUUUUAUUCAGAAUAUUUCCACUUUUCAACUUCAAUCGCAUAGGGAUAUUUGCUACACACCGGCUUAUGGUUGCAAAUUUUUAUCUGAUUCGUGGCAGGGUCUGCCAUAAGGCUUGACCGGUUUUCAAGAACUAACAAGCCAUAAAGUUGUGGGGAUGAAAAGUUAUAUUUUUGGCCUAUCACCACUGUCAAAAUGAGUUACUAAAAAAAAUCCUGUCUUGUUAUACCUUUAAUUCACCUUUAAUUCAAUGACAGCUGCUUCUUAACUUGUUUUAAUGCCGGCAGGUAGGGUGCAGGACUGUUGGUAGGACUAUUGUUUAAAGGCUGUUUAUAGAAAAUGAGAAGUUUACUCUUUUUUUUGUAACAUUCGGACCCACCGAGUAUUCUCAAAAUACCCAGACCCGGUGUAAAAAAAAUCUGCACCCGUUAAGCCUUAGUUGUCAUUGUUUUACUUACUGCUGGUGGAAAAAUCUUGUGUGAUAUAUACUUAUCCACCUUUAAGCCUUGUGUUAAUUAAUCUUUUAAUAUUUUUGUAUCAUUCCAUUAACUAAUACUGCUUAAAUUUUAUAACAACUAUAUCACAACAUUAAUUGGAGCUGUUGUAUAAAACAUUAUUUUAUAUGUCGGGUAACCCUUCGAUUUCUAUUCUACAAUUCAAUUGGCUCUUCUGUCCCCUGAUUUGAAAAUGUGUUUUUUUUUACUGUUAUUUUUAUAAUCUAAUAUUUAUAUUCUCUAAAAAAGGAAUUCAGAAUGAAUUUAAGACUGAGUGGAUAUUAAAAUUGUGCUUUAAAUUAAAAUUAGGGAGAUCUAAAUUAAUGAUUGUAGUUUCUGGAUCUUUGGUCCAAGAACUUAUACAUUUAGAAAAAAAAAAAAAUCAUAGUAUUUUUAACAGCUUAACGAGUUAGAUAAAAUAAGUUCAAAACCAAUGUCAAAUUUAAAGUGCUUGUUUAAAUAAUAAAAAUGCAUGCUUUGUAUUCCCAGGAUGGUGCUACUUAUCAACGCAUUCUUUAUCUGUUUUUAUAAGUGCUUGAUAACUUUACCCAUUUGAGUUUCAAUGUUUUGUAAGACUUAAAGAAAGGUUGAAAACUUCUGCUACACACCCAUGAUCAAAAUAAUCUUUCUUUUUCAGUGUUAACAGUUUCUGUUGACAAGAGAAUAACCCUUGGGGCUUUCAAACAACACCUUCAACCCUAUGUAGGAGUUGGAUGUAAUCUGUUCAAGGUCAGUCUUCUUUGUCAUGAAUUCCUUACUGAAUAUGCUUAGCUUUUACAUGUGUGUUAUAAUAGUUUUAGAACAAGGUCACUGUCAUGAAUAGAAGCAUGAUCUAUUUUAAGAAGAACCUGAGCCAGGAAAGGACAUAUUUAUCAGUAUGGCUGUCAUGUGUGAAUCACUUGUACCACACAGUAGUGGUGUCAUGGGUGCUGGAACACAAGUGAUGUAAUUAACCAUGACGUAGCAAAAUCUGUCUUAUUUGAAUAUUAAUGUUUUAUUGAGUUUUGAAAGACUAAAUCAAAUGGUAAAAGUGUACCAAAACUAAUCCAUAUACACUAGGAGUUUGCUUGAUUUGAAAGAUAAUUAUUUUUAAUGCAGUUUGAUGUGCAUUUCUUUUGUUCGUUAUUUUUCAAUUUUUUUCAAAUCUUUAUUAUGAUCCAGUCAGUUACAAAGGGGAAGUUUCAAUUUCAUGCCCUGAUAUACAAUUUAGGUCAAAUAAUAUAAUAUUUCUGUAACUAUUCAUCAUAAUACCAAGUCUAUCAUUAAGUUGUGAUCAUUGAGUCAACUGAAAUUUUAUUUUACAUAAACCAAACCAUCAAUCACAUAAUGGUGGAACUGUUUUUAAAACAAAGUAUAUUUUUCUUGAUACAAUUAAAUUCUUGUCUUGGCCAUGACAAUCAAUGGCUCUCAACCAAGAUGUAGCCAGUUGAAAUGAGUCCAAUGUUGUUACCAGCUAUGGGUAAAUAUAUACCUAGGUAGAAUGGACCAGUUAGCCAAGUAAAGCAGCCAAACCCUAAGUAAAAAAAAACUCGGCCACUUAAAUCCGAAAGGACAUCAUCGAACUUUGCAUGGAAUUUAAAAAAUGGGCUUUCGAUCAAAUUUCCUGUUAUGGACCAUCACAGCCUUCAAAACUGCACUCAAUACACAUCUCUUUAAACUCUACUGUCCUGACUGAUUCCCCCUCUGACCAAUAAACGAUGUUGCUGGGUGCCGUCCAUGGCUUGACAUGUAAAUAGUUCUGAAAUGGGUGGAGUGAAUAUACAUUUUUUAAAAAAUAUUUAAUUAAUGUAUGUUAAUUUUUAAGUUCAUGAUAACGUUUGUUAAAUUAUAUGUACAGCUUGGUGAGACCAGCCCUAGACUGGGGUACUGCGCUAUAAAACCAAUAUUUUUAAUAAUAAUAAUAAUAAAAUUAAUUUGUUAUUUUGGAUUACAAUUGCACUAAUUAUCAUACUUGUAGCUGACAAAAUUUUAGACAUUUGUGAUUAAAGACAAUUCAUUAAAUUAAUUAUUUGCAACAAAGUUAAUAGGUUGCCACAUAGUUGCCUUUUUUAGAAUUAAAACCAAAUUGAGAAGUAAAUAUUUUAUUCCGUAAUAACCUAAAAUUAACCAAAUCUCUAUCUCUCUCUCUCCUCUAUAUAUAAAUGAUCUAUCUUUUUCCCCUCACCUUUUUUAUUUACAAUUUAAAAAUGUUGACUUCUAUCAGGUGUACAGAGUCUACUCCAACAAUCAAGAGUUUGAGAGUGUGCGUUUGACUGAUACACUUUCAUUUUUUGAAGAUGGAAAGGUAAUUUUGUUUUCAAUUAUGUUUAGAAGUAUUGAUAAGAGCAUAGUGAAAGGGAAAACAAACUUUUUGACAUUUUUUUUAUUAUAAAGGUUUUCUUAUUAUGCUGUAUAUAGUUUUGAAGGAAAUACCAACAUCUUUCCUCUAGAAACUGAAUAGACCUAACAGGGUUUGCACCGUCUUUAAGAUGUUUUGGAUUUUUUUUUUUUAAAUUGAAAGUUUGGGGAAAAUUCCCCCCUCCCCCCUAAUUUUUAUAUGUGAUUUUCUUAAUGCACAGAACUAGUGAUGGGACGAUUAAUCGGAAUCGUAUCGGAACAAUCGAAAUAUCGGGAUUUUUCCAAAGCAUCAGGAAUCGGUAUCGGAGCUGAAUAAUUCAGACCCGAUUCCGAUACCAAAACGAUUCUUAACUGAUUAACUGCCGUAAGCCGGUGACAGCGCAAAGUUUGUUUCGCGUUAUAAUAUUCUUUAUUUUUUCAGAGAUUUUUAAUUACCAGCAGGAAGUUUAUUUAAAACCACGUUAUCAGCAAAACAUGAAUAAUAAUUUCAUAUGUAUAUUUAAUAAACAUUUUUUAUAUACACAUUUUGAAAUUUAUAUCAAAGACACUAGCUAUAUCUUGUAUUAUUAAAAUGGAAUUAUUGAUAGAUGUGUUUAUAUAAAACCUUUACAAGGCAUUGUUAUCUAGCAUAAUGUAAAACUUCAAUAGCAAGUUAAUAAACUUUUCUAAUCAAUUCUCAACUUUUAUAUUAAUUAAAUAUGUUAAUACCUGGGCACAGUAAUACAUAUAUGUAAUAAUGGCCAGGAAUCGGAAUCGUAUCGGGAAUCAGGAUAAUUGGGUAGAAUCGGAAUCGUAUCGGAAUCGUUAAAAAUUUUGGUAUCAUCCCAUCACUACACAGAACCCUGUAAGAAAGAAAUUUGUUGAUUGGUCCGUAGAUUUAUUUAAGCCUAUCAAAUUAAUCUUAACUACUGAGUGAUCACACAGUAACAGCACUUAUUUUGACUGGACCUUCAUGUUCAUAACAUUGGUAAUUUUAUAUUAGGGGAAAAAGCACAUUGAGAAAGCUGCUAUUCCUGGGACUCAAUUUAUUGGAUAUUUAAAACAGCUAAUAAUGCUGACCCAGUACCUUCAUCAUCAAGGGCCUCUGAUGGCCAUGAAAGGACAGCAAAACCUGUUAAUAUGCAGUCUUUCUGCACAAAGCCGCAAAUGCUUACAGCUGAAAUCAUUUAGACAAUGAAAUGUAUAAAAAGCCAUUACAGCUUCAAUUCUUCCAAAGACACUGCAGAUUGUUUCAAGGCCAUGUUUCCUACUUGUGAAAUAGCACAACAGUUUGCAUGUGCUGUUAGGAAGUCUGCAUAUCUGAGCAUUUUUGGUAUAACACCCUACUUUGCCAAUAUGCUUUUUAAAAAAUAAGAGCAGCUUCUACUUAUGUUCUUAUGUUUGUUGAAACAAUGAACAAACAAAUGCAGUUAAAGCAAAUGGUUAUUUAUGUUCGCAUCUUGGGAUGUAAAGAAAGUUAGUUCAUUUUUCCUCUCAUACCAUUUUCUUGGAUAUGCCGCUGCUCAAAGCGUUUUGCAAAAUUCAGUCCCAGUUUAAGAACAGAGUGCAAGGCGUUUUUAAUUGCCUUUUUAAAGAAGAUAAUCACAAAAAUCUUCUAUUUUAUACCCACUACUGAGAAAUAUGAAAUAUGUUCUGGCUGGAACAAGCCUCAUGGGGUCUGAAAAUGACAUGCUGAAAGGAAAAGCUAAAUGUACCAGAGUCCUCAGAGUGAUGUUUGAAGCAAAAUGAGUUUAAGUGGGACACAAUCUUGGCUCAAAAAAGAUGUCCACCAUCAACCCAGUUCAUUGGAACAUAGAUAUUUCUCCCCAUCUGAAAGCAGAGCUGAUUAAUUUUUCCCCAAUAAAAAGGAGUUUUUGAACUGUGGGUUAACUCUUUAUCUUACCACAUGGCCAGGCGACAGUAGAAAGAGGGUUCCCUGAGAAUAAAGAGGUCACUGUCAAAAAUUUAAAUAGUCUGUGGUCAAAGAGUGACAUAUAUUCAAGUGAGAAGAGGUGGGGGACCUCAUACAGUUUCCAUAACAAAAGAGUUUUUAAUUUUUGCCUCAUCAGCAAGAAUGAAAUACAUAUUGUAUCUGGAAAAGCACUAAGAAGAAACAUGUAUUCAUCUUGAGUCCAAAAAAAAUAAUAAAGUUUGAGAUAGAUGAAGUGCAGGAGUUGAAAUCACUUUAAAAAAGCUUUGGAAGAAGAUGUAACCUGGCCUAGUUACCUUAGCCAACAGCAAGGCCAACGAGGCUGAACUUAAAAGAGACUUCACUUUUAUCUGCGCUUCAAAUGCACUGCAAGAAAAGACGUCAGAUACGGAGAAGGAAGUCCUUAAACUCCAAAAACUUAUUGAUGACCAAGAAGUACGCCUGCAGUAAAAAAAAAAAAAGUGAAAUAUUUUAAAUGUAUUAAAGGAUUGAUUAUUUGUUUAGGUAUUAAAUGGACUGUUCGAAUAUAUGAAUCAAGCUGAACAUAUUGGUUUUUUUCAAAGCUACUGGAUACAACUGGUUGGGGACCCAGAAUAAUUUAAAAUAUUUUGUCUGUGACAUUUCCUCAUCAGUCUUUGCCUGAUGAUUCAUUAUGAUUACUAUAUUUCAAUUAUUAAUUCAAGCAACUUUUGAAAACUCAGCUGAUCAAAUGUACUCAACAUUGUACAUACUUGUGUUUUAUCUCUACAAGCAUAUGGUGGCUAUUAUGUAUAUAUAUAACAUUGUACAUACUUUUGUGUUCUAUUUCCAAAAACCAAUAUCUUUACAAGGAUAAGCUGGCUAUUAUUUACAUAUUGUAUAUGCUGAAGUGUGAUUAAAGAAUUUUUUAUCUAUGCUUUAAUUAGGCGAGUUCAGUUUUUUCCCUUUAGAAUAUGAUAAUAAAUAGGUAUUAGCUUUUUAAGAAAAGAUCUUUGAAUGAAGGUUAUGGGACAAGUUUGUCAAUUCUGGACCUUGAAACCCUAACUUAAUUAAUGUGUAGGAUUUUUUCAUAUAUUUGUUAUGUCAAAUUGUAACUAUUUGGAAUCAUCCAAUAAUGUAACUCACAAGCCAUAUUUUUGUAUUCAUAGUUCAACAUAAAAUUGGGAAGAGCUUUACAACCUGGAGAGCACAGGGUCAAGGUCUUUCAGCUUUGUGUUACUGAUGCUGAGGUAAGCGUAUAACAUGAAAGGAGGUUAAGUGAUUUAUGAAUUUUUGGGGUGGUGGAGUGAGAAUCAAGCCUGCAGUGACUAACAGCUAACAAAUUUUAAAUAAUUGUGACUGUGGAAUAGCUGUCUACCAAUUUGACUGUGGAAUGGGCUAGUUUUCACCAAUAAGACUGGAUUUGGUCCACCUGAAUGUAAAAUUGUCUUCUACUGCUUAUAAACAGAGACUGACUAAUUUUGUCACAAAUGUUACUUUUCAGGGGAAUAAACAUUUGAACAUAGUUUGAUACAUUGUUACAACAAUGAUUCUACCUUAAAGUGUUGAAUACUAAUGCUACAAUUCUGGUGUGAAUUAUGGUUCAAUGAUCAAGAAAAAUAAAUGUUAGACUAAUAAAUUAUAUUUUUUUUUAAAUUAUUGUAUAUCUUAAUCCACAGCCUUGUAAAUUUCUUAUCGAAACAAUAUUUGCCAAAGGAAUGACUGUGUUAGAAUCCAAACUGUUGGUCAUUGACGAGAUUAAGGAACAGUGUGGCCUUGACAUUCCAAUUGAAAGGUAACUCGUGGUCAUGACAAUCUUUUCACAUUAUCUGUAAUUAUUGAAGACACAAAUCCAUAAACAAAAUUUUUUUUAAUCAUUUAAACUAAAAAAUUUCUCUUGCACUUUAUUAUGGACUUCAAAAGAUGUCCUGGUAUUUUUUUAGAUUUAAGAUUAUGAAGUGUACAACUAUAUCAUUUAAGAAUUUUUUCAACUAUUAUAGUUACCUUAGUCAUGCUGUAAAGGAUUAUUGACAACAUACACAAUCCUUUUUGAAUGCUGUCCUUAUUCUUCAGGUGUCGUCUGAGGAAGAAGUCCUGGACUAAUCCAGGGACAGUUUACCUUGACAGCCAUGUUUAUGAGAAUGAAAUCCCCAUCUACCCUAACUGGGAGAUUUUCUUGGAGCUUUUGGAAGGUGUGUAGAGCUAGUUUGGAUGAAGUAAUUAAAAGAAGGGUUGUUUUGGAAAUCUCUUUGAAAUAAAUGAUCAGUGUUCUGAAAUGAAGGUUUCAAUGAGAUGAUAAGUUAAUACUUUUUUUUUUACAGGUCCAGAAGAACUGAAAGACACAUGUCAGUUGGCCAUUUAUGUUCGGCACUGGCAUCCGUCCACACAUCAUAUUGAUCCAUUCCGUGAAGUGGUACUCAGACAUCAAACUGUGGAGGAACUGAAGACAAAAGUAAGUCUUUUUAGAUGACAUUUAAUUUAGGUAUGUCAAUAUUCCAUUAGUGUAGGCCUUCACUUCGACAUAUCAAAUCAACCAAUGAAACCACCUCAAUUAAGAAAAUCGUGGCUUUGAUUAGAGAUGUAGUUAGGUCAUAAACAGACUUUCUUCAAAUUUCUUUUGGUUGUUUUCUUAACUUAUAAGCUCUGCACAUUAAUUAUCUAAAUGAAAUUAUAACAUUACUAAAAUGACAGGUUCUUUUAUGUUGUAGAUAUCUACUUUGAGUGGAAUUCCUGUUGAUAAUGUGGAGUUUGCUAAGGUAGGGUUUCUUAAAGUGUCUGAGGAUUGAAGCAAUUAUUUAUAAUAAUUUAGGAUGAAGAUAUUCUCACCAGUCCUCUUAUAAUUUAAGAAAAUCAAUCUUUUCCUGAUAUUCUAGUCUAGAUGAUCUGUUCAGUACAUUUAGGUGAAGCUAAAUAAGACUGCUAACAUAUUAAGUGAAUCAAUGCCAGGCAGUGAAUGACACCAAUGUCUUAAUGGCUUUAUAUCUUAUACCAGGGUAAAGGAACUUUCCCAUGUGAGGUGUCUGUGUUAGAGAUCCACACAGACCUGGAGUGGAACCCUCAUGUGACCACACUAAACAUGUGGCCAUUGUAUAUCUGUGAUGAUGGACAUGUCAUUUACUACAGGUCAGUCAUUUGUCAGUAAGGAUUCUACCUUGAUACAUUUUUUCUAUGAGGGAGAGUCCAAAUAAGGUCAAGGCAAACAUAAGUAUGCCAUUUCACACAGAGACAGUGUACCCUUGAUUUACAUGGUUUCUCAUAGUAACAUUUUGAUAUUGAUUAAUAAUACAAUUAGGAUGUAUAUUUUGGAAUACACUAUAAAAGUUUCAAGGAUUUUGUAAUAUCAAAAAUGUAUGUUUCAAGUUGUCUUUACAAUAUUAUGCAAGCUAACCUUCCCUUUGCGAAUUCCAAUAUGGGCCUAUCUGCAAGUCUAUAUUCCAGUUAUUGAAUGCUGCUUGUGUCGAUUGCUACAAGUACCUUAGCUCAAAAGAUCACUAAACUCACUUUUUUUAAAAAGUCUGAGUUCAUUUUAUGAAACUGUGAGACUAAAACUUAAAUGGUGUUAAAUAUGCUUGAUUUGAGUAAGUUAAAACCUCUGACUGGUCAUCCAGAGUUAUUUAAAAAUAAUUGAACAUCUCUAGUGAUGACAGCCUUUUAUCAUAUUAACUGAUACCUGUGUCAGUUUUUUGACUUUAUGCUCUAUUUAUUUCCUGCCUGUUAUUAUUGCCUUCCAUUGAUGUUGACUCAUGUAACCUGUGCUAGAAGGCAGAGUGCACUGACUUGCUUGUAGUUUGGUACUCAGAUUUAAGCACAUACAUUAUCUGUGACUUCACUUAGCACUGAAUGUCAGGCCCAACUUUGACUUAGCUUUGUCCUUAGAGAUAAACUCAGCUUUUAUACUGUUGGGAACACUGAGCAUUUCAACUGAUCUAUGGUCGAAUUUUAAAAGUUUUUAAGCUUUUAAAAAAUAUAACAUGUUGGCGAAUCAAGUAAUUCUCAUUUAUCAUUAUAUCCAUUGUUUUAGGGAUAAUCGUGAAGAACUAAUAGAGUUGUCUGAUGAAAAAAAGAAAGAAAUUCAACAAAAGGAAAACAGGUUACAAAUAAUGUGCUGUCUUUAUUUCUAUAUGCCAGAUAACACUUUGUUAUCGAAUACCACAUUAAAUGAUACAAAUUUUAUGCACCUAUCUGUUUGUACCAGAUGGAGAGUCAUUUUAAUUUAUUGAAUAAUGUUUUCACAGGUCAUCUCGUCAAAACCACAGAAUUUCCUGCUCACCCCGUAAAGAACGAGCCUUGAAAAUCUACACGGAUGAGGACAGCCAUUCGUCUGCUGGGAGAGCAGCUUUGGAUCUUGAGUGAGGUUGAUGAUAUGAGGCAGAGACCGUCAGCUGGACCUGAACAAAUGAUAGGGCUGUCUAGCCAUGGGCUCAGUGUUACCAUGUUAACACCAUUCAAUUUAAUGCUGUGAAACUGUAGAUAUAGUUCUUUCUUGUUUGCCCAAACAUUUUGUUGCAAUAAACUGUAUUCUAAGUCUAGACCGCAUAAAUAAGAAGGAAAAAAGAAUGACUAAACUAGCAAUUCACAGAAGCACUUUCGCAUUUCAAAUGAUUUGGUCUGACAAAAUUCACUGAAAUCAGAAGUAUGUUUUGCCAUCUCUUUAGGCUGAUUUAAUUUAUGACCUCUCUUUGCUUGUAUCCAUGGUGAAUAAUUUCAACUAAGGUAACUCUAAUUAUAGAAGUUAAUAUUGAGAUUUUUUUUAUAGUUGAUAGUCUUUGUUUCAUUUUUUAAAAAAAACAAUGUUUUCUAAUGAGUGUUUCUCCACACCCAUCUGUGAACUAAUCUUAAACUUGAGGAUUCCUAAGUGAGAGCAGUUCAUCAAUGAACCUAAGUUGUAGGUUAGUGUUUUUUAUUUCUUUUGUCCUGUCAUCAGAGACAACCGAAAACAUUGAGGUUGGUAAACAACUCUUAUGUUGGUGUGGAAACUAUUAUACAAGAAUUUUGUACAGUAAUACUUUAGUGUCUAUAAAGAGAGAUCUCAACGCUAGUUUUUCAUGGUCACAGAUUUCUUAAGAAGAGCAAAUUCUUGCUAAUGACUGGAUGCCUGGAAGGAAGUGAAACCACAAUUUUUCUAGGUGUAGUUGGUGUGAUACAUAUUUUUUAAUUUUUUUGUUGCUUGCUGUCCAGUAGGUUUCUUGAAAGAAAUGUGCUCAACUAUUUUACAUUAUCUCAUCUUGAAAACAUGAUAAUACUUUCAUAAUACUUUCAAAAACAGUGGAAUGACUUUUAUUAUUUGAAAUGUGUGCAACUGAACUGUUUAAUAACAAGUCUUAAAAAAUAAUGAAAGAGAUUUUGUGCUUGUUCAUUAAAUUGAUUUAUUGCUUUGGCCAGAUUUUUAAUAGUUGAUCCACAAGGAUUUUGAAAUGCGCUCGCCAAUUGUUUGAUGGGAGGGUGGGAUUGAUGAUUUUGUUUAGACCUAAUUGAUAUACAGACGAAAUAAAGUUUCAAGGUAUGUUUCAAAAUGCAUUGACAUAAUUGUAUGUUGUGUUAUGUAUCUCCAUUUGUUUGCUCUUAUCUUUGCAAACCUCAGUGGCCAGAAACACUGCACACAAACCAAUAAAGAACUGAAGCUAAGAAAAUACAUAACUUUUGUUUGAUUCCAUCUUUAUCAUAGAUAAGUCAGCCAUCCAUUUGUAUCUAUAGCCCUCCCUGCAGGUCAAUCCCCC